AUGGGCACAAUUUGUCUUUUGAUUUCCCUCUUCACUCCUGCAGCACUGGCCAAAGCUGAAGGGAUUGACAUUCGAGCCUCAAUGCCGUCCGAGUCAGAGGUUUCCCUUUGGGUGUCGCCGCGGCUUCGCCUUUGGCUAGGUGUUGUUGGGGCUGGCGUUGCUGCUGGCCUGGCUUGGCUCGGAUGGAAGAUCACCCGUCGCAGUCAGCAAGUCACGGUGGCUGCACUUUACGUCUACCCCAUCAAGGGCUGCCGUGGGCACAGCCUCGCCAAAGCAAAGGUGACCAAGAUAUACAUGAUUGUGGACGAGAAGAAUGAGUUUGUUUCACAGCGACUCCUGCCUCGGAUGGCGCUGAUCCACCCAGACCUUCCGACUGAGAGUGGCAUAACCUUGCGAGCGGCCGCGGACGCUGCACAGCCACUCACGGUGCCCGUGGAAUUGAAGUCUACCCCGAAGAAUGUCAAGGUAUGGGACGAUUGGGUGCCAGCAGUGGAUCAAGGUGAUGCGGCUGCCCAGUGGCUCUGCACUGUUCUUCAAACUCCAAAGUUACGCUUGGUGAGGAUCGCUGAGACAGCCCAACGAGUUACGGAUCCCAAGUACGGUGCUGGUGAGACAGCCUUUUCUGACGGCUUCCCAGUGCUAGUCAGCUCUACAGCCUCCAUCCGACAAAUCAGUCGGAAGGUGCUCAGGGAUGGUGGGCCUCAAGUUGGCAUUGACCGCUUCCGUCCCAACAUACACGUCGAUGGUUGUAGGCCCUUCGAAGAAGAUGAAAUGCGCGCGUUGGUUUAUUCUUUGGGGGCAAGGACUUUGAGACUGCCUCUCGUGAAGCCCUGUUCAAGAUGCACAGUUCCAGGCGUAGAUCAGCAAACUGGUGAGCGCAACAGGCAAACUGGAGGAGUCCUGACGGAGACCAUGCGCAGCCUCCGAACUGCCGAAGUCCUACUGCCAGCCGCUGUGCUACACAAAGAGUUUUUCAGCGAACCGAGACGCAAGCAGGAUGUCUACUUUGGGCAAAAUGCACUUGUUGAGCUUUCCGGAGCUCAACAUUUUGAGAUAACAGUGGGCGACAUAGCUGCCGAUCUUUGUGAUGAAAGAAGUUUGAUGGCAAUGUUGGCCCUCGCCAAGGAGAAUCCAGAGGAUUGCUAUCAAGGGACAGCUCCCAAUGCAGAUUGGGGCCUUAGUCUGAUUGAGGGCUAUGGCCUUCGCUCCGGGCGGCGUGCCUGCACAAAGUUCACCGAGGCCCUCUUCAGGACAAAGCGCCAAGAGCUGGGUCUAGAUCCCAAAGAUAGACCAUACUCAGGGAAUAGGCCUGCUGGUUGGUGCCUGGGCCAGAGCUGA